AUGAAGUUUUCCAAGCCUACACCCAUUCAGUCUGAAGCCAUUCCUCAUGCUUUGGAAGGCAAGGACAUCAUUGGAUUAGCGCAAACUGGUUCCGGUAAGACUGCUGCAUUUGCCAUUCCUAUUCUUCAAUCGUUGUGGGAAGCACAGACACCAUAUUUUGGACUUGUAUUGGCUCCAGCCAGAGAGUUGGCAUAUCAAAUCAAAGAAACAUUCGAUGCUCUUGGUUCCACCAUGGGAGUUAGAACUGUUUGUCUUGUAGGAGGAAUGGAUAUGAUGGACCAGGCUAGGGACUUAAUGAGAAAACCACACAUUAUCAUUGCUACACCUGGUAGAAUCAUGGAUCAUUUGGAGCAUACCAAGGGCUUCUCACUUAAGAUGUUGAAAUAUUUUGUUAUGGACGAAGCCGAUAAGCUUUUGGAUUUGGAGUUUGGACCAGUUUUGGACAAAAUCUUGAAGCAGAUUCCUUCCAAAAGAACAACAUACUUAUUUUCUGCUACUAUGACAAACAAGAUUGAGAAGUUACAGAGGGCCUCAUUGCACAACCCAGUGAGAGUAGCGGUGUCCAGCAAGUACCAGACUGCCGACAACUUGAUCCAGCUGAUGAUGCUUGUCAGUGACGGGUACAAAAAUACCUACUUGAUCCACUUGUUGAACGAGUUUGUAGGGAAAUCCAUUAUCAUUUUUGCCAGAACCAGAGCGCAUACUCAGAGAACUUCCAUUCUCUGUAGAAUCCUAGGAUUUUCUGCUGUGCCUUUACAUGGAGAUUUAACCCAGGCUCAACGUUUGGGUUCGUUGAACAAGUUCAAAUCAGGCACUGCCAAUAUCUUGAUUGCAACUGAUGUUGCAGCAAGAGGAUUAGAUAUCCCUUCAGUAGAUGUGGUUAUUAAUUACGAUAUUCCUACUGAUUCAAAAGCAUACGUUCACAGAGUAGGCAGAACUGCUCGUGCUGGAAGAUCUGGUAAAUCGAUUUCUCUAGUCACCCAGUAUGACUUGGAAAUGUAUCUACGUAUUGAACAGCUGAUCCAGAAAAAGUUGCCUAAAGAUCCUUCCCCACCAAAGGCAAUGUUGGAUGCUUUGCAUGUCCACGUUGAUAGGGCCUAUGCUGAAGCUAUCAGACAAACAAAGGAGUUCCAUGAGAAGACCAGAAGGGGCAGAAGAGGUAAGGACGACAAGGAUAGAGAAGAACACUAG